GUCAGUUUAGUUUACGUUACGUAAAUGAAUUCCUCUCAGUCGGUCGAGCGAACCGUGUUUUGGUCCUUGACAUCAACAUCCAUCCCAUUGAUCGAUCCAUUGGACGCUAGGUGGUGAGGGCUCCAGUAUGGCUACCGUCUCUGCGUCCGAAAGACAGAAGCUCUUACUCCAACAGGAGAUCGCCAAGUUAUCAGGGGCCAUAUCUCGCCAUGCGACGCACUCGAACCCUCAUCCCACUUACCAUCCUUACUCUCAACCUCGAGGCAGAGCCAGAGGCUCAUCCUUCUCCAGAGGAGGAGGUGUGCUGUCACGUGGUGGAGGUCGAGGAAGAGGUCGAGGUGGCUACGCGUUGGAUAACCGUCAACUGAACAAGUCUCAACCUACUUCUGCAAACUCGUCUGGCAGGCCCAUCGCCGCGGCGCCUGCUCCGACCACCGAACGCGAACUGGGGGAAUUAUCACCUACGCCAACACCGCCAAAUGAGCCUGUGAAUGUGGUGCAGGAACCAUGGAUCAAGGGCACGAGCAAAGGUGGCAAUUUGAGCUUGAUGACCAAGGAAAAGAGCGAGCACCUUCAGUCCAUGCCGAAGAAAUCAAGACAGAAGCGAUCUCGAGUGCCGCCUCAUAUUCAGACCUUGUCUUCUUCAACGACAUCGGAAGGUCAACGAGUGGUGAUUGAUGGCAUUGUCUUCCAGUUCGAGAUGGGCGGACAGAAGCUUACGCGGAUUGGAGAGCUCUCGCCAGCAUCCAAUGGCCAGUCGUCUACUUCUCACGGUUCACCGACUCGCAAGAGCGUCAAUUACGCUGGAUCUAAAUUCCGACGGACGAGCCGAGGAAAUUUGGUCAAAUCGUCCACCAAAGCCGAGCUAUCCAAGAUCCCCUGUCGUUACUUCACCAAGACGGGCCGCUGCGAUCGCGCGCUGACCUGCCCAUACGCUCACAAUCCCGAACGACUAGCCAUCUGUCCACGUUUCCUGCGUGGUACCUGCCCCAACACCCCGUCCACCUGUCCACUAUGUCACAAUCCGACUCCGCACAAUACGCCCUCCUGUGUCCAUUUCCAAGCAACCUCUACCUGCCGCAACGGUUCCUCGUGUCCAUACCCACAUGUCAGGGUAUCUGACGAUGCUCCCGUUUGUGAUGCGUUCGCCAGAGAAGGGUGGUGCGAUGAACCAGCUGGGAAAUGUCCCAAGCUACAUCUUUGGGAAUGCGGAGAAUGGAGAGAAAAGGGGAUUUGUUCAAGGGGUGACAAAUGUGGACUGCGACAUGUGCUCCGCGCGGAACAGGGCAAGAAAGCAGAUGCCGAAAAGGUCGAUGGUCUCGUUCGAGAUGUUCAUCGCUCUCACGUUUUACCCGUCGAAGGUGGUUUCGAUGAUGGGACAGAGUUUAUCAUUCUGGAUCAAGGCUCGCCUCCGCAGAUCCUGAGUGAUGAACAUGACAGCGAAGACGAUGAUGCAGAGUCGAACAGUGAGGCCUCGUCUGAUGACUCAGAGUCUUCUUCUUCUUCAGGUGAGCACGAGGCUUCAUCAGAUGGUGAGAUAAGGACGGACGAAGCGGAAGAAGAGGAGGUUUUGGGUGUAGUCUCUUGAGAGCGCCAGCCCAUGCCAAUUGUAGCCUGUACGUAGUCUUUGGUCAAGAUCACACUGUCACGACAUUUACGAGUAAAAUGUGCACAAUGACGAAU